AGACAGACCCUGCAGGUUUACUUAAAUCAUGGACCCCCGUACCAGUGCACAGGACGUGAUGCGAUGUGACCUGUGUGAGACCGCUGUGGUACAGAUGCAUUGUGAUACAUGUCUUAUCAACCUGUGUACAGCUUGCGUAGGAAAACACAUGAUAUCUGAUGAAUCCAAAAAACAUGAAAUUGUUAAAUUUACUCUGAGAAAAACUACCCCCCUCUACCCUGUAUGCAUAUCUCAUGAUAAAGAACAAUGUGAAAUGUACUGUAAGCUAUGUGACGUUCCUGUGUGUGCUACUUGCCUUGCUUCUGAUCAACAUCUAGGUCAUAAAUUAUUGAAAAUUUUACAAGUUUUAGAUAAGAAAAAAGAAAAGAUCACAAAGGAACUGGCUGAAUUAAAUGGGACGAUUUAUCCAACCUACCAGGACAUUGCCUCUGAUGUACAAAACAGAAUGAGUCAGUUAGAAAAGGAAUAUGGAGAUCUCUCAACAGCCAUAACAAAACAUGGAGAGGACUGGCACAGAGAAAUUGACAAACUUGUCAAGAAACUUAAAGCUGAAGUUGAUGAGAUGAAAAACACACAGCUACAAACUCUAUGGAAACAUCUUGAUAAAAUAAACACAACAAUACUCCAACGAAAUUUCAAACAUUUUUAA